AGUUUCAUCUCCUGUUAUCACCUACCAAUACCAUCAAAGAAGUUUCAUUACCACGACACACGCAAGAGAACAUCAUGGUAAACGAGGUCGUUUGCUUGCAUCUAGGGCAAGCUGGUUGCCAAAUCGGGACUGAGCUGUGGGAACAGUUCUGCGUAGAGCACAACAUCAAGUUCAAGGGGGUCAAAGACCCGACUGAACAGGCGUCGAGCGGAAGUAGCAACACCUUCUUCGCUGAGAAGCGAAAUGGCCAGUAUGUGCCACGUGCAGUGUUCAUGGAUACGGACCCGAGCUAUGUGGACGCAUUGCAUAAGAGCAAGGUGAGGGACUUGUUCGCGCCGGAUAAUUAUGGCCAUAAUCCACUAACACUAAGGCUUACGCUUUGUACUUGUAUGUGUGUCCUCCCACUAAGUAUUUCAUUUUGUACGUAAUAUUUUUUUGGUGUGAUCGUUCGAAGUCACAUUCUCAUUCAAUAGGUUUACGCGGCAUUCACAACCGGGCUUAAGAAUGCCUUCUAAUCUCCCAUCCUCGCUUACAAGCAAGACUGUCGAGGGAAUUUCUUUGAAGCCAGAACGCAGGCUAGCGAGUACAAAAUCUUAGCAGAAUUGACGGACCGGAUACGGAAAACGGCUGACGCUUGUGAAGCCGUACAAGGCUUCUUUUUGUUUCACGGUAUAGGCGGUGGCACAGGAAGUGGAAUCGGAGCGGAAUUGCUGAAUAUUCUGCGGGAUGAUUGUAUGAUGGGAGAAUACCCUGCAUGUGAAUAUUAUCACAACCUCCGACUGCAAACCUAAACAAAUGUACCUGAUUUUUUUCGUACAUAAACCCACUCCCAGCACUGCAAAUGCAAUAGCUUGAUCUUCGAAACAACCGCCAGGGUCAGUACAGGCUCAAAUGUACUCACAUAUGACCGUUCUGCUAGUGCUUUCUUUUGCUUCAUCCGACAUGAUCACCAAGGACCACCUGUUUUUUUAACCAAAUCUCUUUCAUGAAAUCCCCUCUACUCCUUCACUUGCUUCAAUGGUAAAGAGCAGACGAUACAGUGUGGCAUUUACCCUUCUCCGACCUUCUCCGGCACCGUGUGCGAAUGCUACAACAGCGUCCUGCAUACAGCAAAUACAGUAGAUGGUGCUGAUCUCACCUUUUGUCUCGACAACGAAAACACUGGGAAAGCCUGUGCGAAGAACCUGGGGAUCAAGCAGGUGAGCUUUUCACACGUAAAUGCGUUAUUGGCACAGGCGGUCAGUAUGGCAACAACGAGUUUGCGAUACCAGACGGAAUUGUCGGCUAACUUGCAAGAGCUGACAGCGAAUUUGGUACCAGCGAAGCCAUUUCGCUACUGUCUGCUCGCAUUGAGCCCACUGUGCUCGCCAUCGUCGGAGCGGGCGAAGAAGGGGUUCACACUAGGCGGAGACGGAGAUAUCAUCCAAGACUUGCUGAAACCCUCAAACGUCAUGUGCAACGUAGGCCACACAUUGCGCUUAAACCGUUUCUUGUCCGCAUCAUUGCUAGUCAGAGGCAAAAUGAAAAGCGUGGUAGGCGGAAACGAAGCACCAACUAGCUCAGGAGCAUCAUCCGCCGGAGGGUUCGCAGCUGGGAAAGUGAGGACAAGAAACGUCGAACGAGACGACGUCCAGAAAAGUCUGCUCAAUCUGAUGAAAAGGAGAGCUCUGAACUUUUUACCAUGGCAGAACAACCAUAGUUGGAAACUUGGAUUAACCAGCAUACCACCUUCGAGACCAGCACCUUUGGAAGAAGCACUAGCGAAAUCGACGAUGCAGGCGUGUUUGAUUGGGAAUAGUACUUACUACUUUUAGAUGUCAUGAUCUUUCGCUUGACAGACUUUGAUGUGACAGAUUCGUUGUAGUUGUUGUUUUGAUGUAAACGACUUCGUCCUUUCCAGUGACUACGGUUGUUUUAAUGUAAACAGCUUCGUCCUUUCCAAUGACUACGACCUCAGGUACCUGCAUCCGAUCCCUCUUUAUGGAGCAGUACCGACGAUUUUUGAAACUGUUUUACAACAAAGCCUACGUGUGGCAUUUCCUGGAGGCCAACGGAGAGCUAGAGGAAUUUUACGAGGCUAAAGAGUCCGUGCGGCGACUAAUAGAUGCCUACGAAGAGCUUCUUGCAAGAGCCGCGCAGGUAGAAGAUCCUAAAGGCAAAUUAGCAGUCUCAGGUCAAACGUCAAGUACGAAGGAAGGGGUCAGAGACGCGGAUAAAAAGUGAAGCAUCAUUGUCAUAAUCGGAACAUACUCUGCUGGUUUCACUUGUAUACUAUUUUUAAAGACUAAGUCUCUCUAAGACGUAGAAGUAAGGUCAAGAAAUUUAGCGUUUCUUGUGUUGCUCACAUGCACCCAUUCGCGAUCACAUUGUCGGGU